AUGGCCCGGGCCGGCGGGGCGGCGGCGGCGGCGGCGGCGGGGCGGCGGCAGCGAGCGCUGCUGCUGCUGAUGGUGCUGCUGCCCGAGCCGAGCCGCCGGGGCCGGGCCGGGGGGCGGCGGAGGCGGCGGGGAGAGGGCGGUGAUGGCGCUCCCGGGACCCCCGGGCCGCCCCCCGUUCGCCCAUUGCUGCUGUUGGUGCCGCUGCCGCCGCCGCCGCCGCCUCCUCCUCCUCCUCCUCCUCCUCCUCCUCCUCCUCCCCGCUCCGCCGCCGCCGCCGCCCGCCCGGAGGCGCUGCCCCGGGGGGGGGUCCCCAUGAAGGAGGAGCCGCUGAGCGCGGGGCUCCCCGCCGGCCGCUGGCUGCAGGGCACCGGGAUCCUGGACGCCAGCACGGCGGCGCAGAGCGGCGUGUCGCUGGCCCGCGCUCACUUCGAGAAGCAGCCGCCGGCCAACCUGCGCAAGUCCAACUUCUUCCACUUCGUGCUGGCCAUGUACGACCGGCAGGGGCAGCCCGUGGAGGUGGAGCGCACCUGCUUCAUCGACUUCGUGGAGAAGGAGCGGGAGCAGAACGGGGAGAAAACCAACAACGGGAUCCACUACCGGCUGCAGCUGCUCUACAGCAACGGGCUCCGCACCGAGCAGGAUUUGUACGUGCGCCUCAUCGACUCCAUGUCCAAGCAGGCCAUCAUUUACGAGGGGCAGGACAAGAACCCCGAGAUGUGCCGGGUGCUGCUGACCCACGAGAUCAUGUGCAGCCGCUGCUGUGACAAGAAGAGCUGCGGGAACCGCAACGAGACCCCCUCGGACCCCGUCAUCAUCGACAGGUUUUUCCUCAAGUUUUUCCUCAAAUGCAACCAGAACUGCCUGAAAAACGCCGGGAACCCGCGGGACAUGCGGCGCUUCCAGGUGGUGGUGUCCACCACGGUGCACGUGGACGGCCACGUCCUGGCCGUGUCCGACAACAUGUUCGUGCACAACAACUCCAAGCACGGGCGGCGGGCGCGGCGCCUCGACCCCUCCGAAGCAGCCACCCCCUGCAUCAAGGCCAUCAGCCCGAGCGAGGGCUGGACCACGGGCGGUGCCACCGUCAUCGUCAUCGGGGACAACUUCUUCGACGGGCUCCAGGUGCUGUUCGGCACGGUGCUGGUGUGGAGCGAGCUCAUCACCCCCCACGCCAUCCGCGUGCAGACCCCCCCCCGGCACAUCCCGGGGGUCGUGGAGGUGACGCUGUCCUACAAGGCCAAGCACUUCUGCAAGGGCGCGCCCGGGCGCUUCGUCUACACCGCCCUGAACGAGCCCACCAUCGAUUACGGGUUCCAGCGGCUGCAGAAGGUGAUCCCGCGGCACCCCGGGGACCCCGAGCGCCUGCCCAAGGAGGUGCUGCUGAAGCGCGCGGCCGACCUGGUGGAGGCGCUUUAUGGGGUCCCCCACAGCAGCCAGGACGUGCUGCUGAAGCGGGCGGCCGACGUGGCCGAGGCGCUGUACAGUGUCCCCAGGGGCCCCGCGCACGUCACUGUCCCCUCCUUCGGCGGGGGACAGCUCGGCCUGGCCAUGGGCGACUCCCCGCAGGGCUCCGAACAAGGGUUCUCGCGCAGCCCCGGGACGCCCCCGGCGCGGGGGUUCGGCCCCCCGGGCUCGGCCCCCCAGCAGGGCUUUGCCGGGGCCACCGGGGGCUUCGGCGGGGCCACCAUGGCCGGGCUGGGGGUCCCCGGGUCCCCCCCGAGCUUCCUGAACGGCUCCACGGCCACCUCCCCGUACGCCAUCCUGCCCGCCAGUCCCCCGCUGGGCGCCUCGUCCGUCACUGUCACCUCGGGCCCGGGCGCGGCCACCCCGCCCGGCGGCUUCUCCUUCUCGCCGGUGACGAUGAUCUCGGCCGUGAAGCAGAAAAGCGCCUUCGCGCCCGUGCUGCGGCCGCAGGGCUCGCCCCCGCCCGCCUGCGCCAGCGCCCUGCAAGACCCAGCUUUUGAGGACUCGGACAAAUUCCACGCUCCGGCGCGGCCGCUCCAGGGAUUGGCCUAUUCCUAAGGACGGCGUUUCCAGAGGGGCUCCGGAUCCCCCAUCCCGCCGGGACAGGAGCGGGGACAAGGACUGGGGACAUCCCUGUCCCCUGUGCCCACCCCUCCGAGCUGGGGUGGCGCCGGGGCGAGGGGACCCGGCCCCCCAUGUCCCCAUCCCGAGUGAUCCCAGCCUGGCUGAGGGGAAAUCCCAAAACGAGCCGAAAUUCCUGGGUUUGGCCUCGGGAAGAGCCGGAGAGAGCCGGGAAUUAGGGCAGAGGAGGGCGAGGGGUGGAGGCGCCGGGAUGGGCGGGAGGGUGAU